AAGCCUGUAGCCACUGCAGUGUUCCCAGGAGUUCGAAGGCUACAGAGACUAUGGUUUACCUCAUGGAGUGGUGGCUGUUUGUUUUUGUUCUCACAGGACCAUUUGCCAAUGUGGUUUUUGGCCAAUUUCACUACAACUUUGUGAACACACCUUUGACCUGGACUGACGCUCAGCGCAUGUGCAAGGAUCUCUUCACGGACCUGGCCACCAUUGAAAGCUCAGCUGACGCUGACGCAGUUUUAAACCCCAUUUAUGCAGGAAAGGCUUGGAUCGGUCUCCAUGACGACCUGAUAAACAGCUGGACGUGGUCGUUAAUUGACAGCAGCUUCUAUGGAGAAGGAGAAGACAUGUACAGAAAUUGGGACACUGGUCAGCCAAAUAAUUUAUAUGGAACACAACACUGUGUAGAGUUUUGGAGGAGUCCAUACCUUGGCAGGUGGAAUGACAGGUCUUGCAGUGUGAAACGGCAGUUUGUCUGCUUCAAAGGUACACUGAAUGGCACAGCAACGUUUGUCAGGAUUGAAACAUUAAGCAAUUGGACAGAAGCUCAGAGGUUCUGCAGAGAGAAUUAUGUAGAUCUGGCCAGCAUUCGAAACCAGAAAGAAAAUGAAAUGGUCAGAAGUAUAGCAGAUGGAAACAUUGUGUGGAUUGGUCUCCAUAAAGAAAUAUGGUCUGACGGGAGUGUCUCACUGUAUCGAAACUGGGACAGUGGCCAGCCCGACUCUGGUGAAGAGCAGUGCGUCGCCACAUCGUUUGAGUCGGGACUGUGGUCAGAUGAAAGCUGCUCCAUCCAGCUGCCGUUCGUCUGUUACACAGCAGCUGAUGUAGAAAACUUCAGGUCAACAAGACAAGAUGAGACCAGUAUCACUCUGCAGUGGAACAAAGUGAACGACGACGUCAGCUUCAUCCUCCAGUUUGAUGGUGUCGAGACGCCCAUUACAGCUGGAUUCACACCAAUAACUUACACAGUCUCAUCUCUCACUGCUGCAACUGAAUACAGAUUCACUCUUUACUCGGUAUUUGAGGACAUCAGAAGCAGUGGAAUCAGCAUCACUGCAGUCACUGCUCCUCCAAAUGCAUUGAAUGUAAUAUCAGUAGGACAAAAUGAGAGCAGUGUCACUCUGCAGUGGAACAAAGUGAACAACAACAUCAGCUUCAUUCUCCAGUUUAAUGGUACUGAGACAAACAUCAGAGCCCCAGAUGGAGACGGACCAGUAACUCACACAGUCUCAUCUCUUAAUGCUGCAACUGAAUACACCUUCACUGUCUACUCUGUGUUUGAGAACGCCAGAAGCAGUGGAGUCAGCAUCACUGCAGUCACCGCUCCAGCUCCUGUAGAAGACUUGAGGUCAACAGGACAAAAUGAGAGCAGUGUCACUCUGCAGUGGAACAAAGUGAACAACAACAUCAGCUUCAUCCUCCAUUUUAAUGGUACUGAGACAAACAUCACAGCACCAGAUGGAGACGGACCAGUAACUCACACAGUCUCAUCUCUCAAUGCUGCGACUGAAUACUCAUUCACUGUCUACUCUGUGUUUGAGAACGUCAGAAGCAGUGGAGUCAGCAUCACUGCAGUCACUGCUCCUCCAAAUGCAUUGAAUAUAAUAUCAGUUGGACAAAAUGAGAGCAGCGUCACUCUGCAGUGGAACAAAGUGAACAACAACAUCAGCUUCAUCCUCCAGUUUAAUGGUACUGAGACAAACAUCACAGCACCAGAUGGAGACGGACCAGUAACUCACACAGUCUCUUCUCUCAAUGCUGCAACUGAAUACUCAUUCACUGUCUACUCUGUGUUUGAGAACAUCAGAAGCAGUGGAGUCAGCAUCACUGCAGUCACCGCUCCAGCUAAUGUAGAAGAUUUGAGGUCAACAGGACAAAGUGAGAGCAGUGUCACUCUGCAGUGGAGCAAAGUGAACAACAACAUCAGCUUCAUCCUCCAGUUUAAUGGUACUGAGACAAACAUCAGAGCCCCAGAUGGAGACGGACCAGUAACUCACACAGUCUCUUCUCUCAAUGCUGCAACUGAAUACUCAUUCACUGUCUACUCUGUGUUUGAGAACAUCAGAAGCAGUGGAGUCAGCAUCACUGAAAUCACCGAUCCAGCUAAUGUAAAAGAUUUGAGGUCAACAGGACAAAAUGAGGGCAGUGUCACUCUGCAGUGGAACAAAGUCAGCAACACCAUCAGCUUCAUCCUCCAGUUUAAUGGUACUGAGACAAACAUCACAGCACUAGGUGGAGACGCACCAGUAACUCACACAGUCUGUUCUCUCAAUGCUGCAACUGAAUACUCAUUCACUGUCUACUCUGUGUUUGAGAACGUAAGAAGCAGUGGAGUCAGCAUUACUGCAGUCUCUGCUCCUCCAAAUGCAUUGAAUGUAAAAUCAGUUGGACAAAAUGAGAGCAGCGUCACUCUGCAGUGGAACAAAGUGAACAACAAUAUCAGUUUCAUCCUCCAUUUUAAUGGGACUGAGACAAACAUCAGAGCCCCAGAUGGAGACGGACCAGUAACUCACACAGUCUCUUCUCUCAAUGCUGCAACUGAAUACUCAUUCACUGUCUACUCUGUGUUCGAGAACGUCAGAAGCAGUGGAGUCAGCAUCACUGCAGUCACUGCUCCUACAAAUGCAUUGAAUGUAAUAUCAGUAGGACAAAAUGAGAGCAGUGUCACUCUGCAGUGGAACAAAGUGAACAACAACAUCAGCUUCAUCCUCCGGUUUAAUGGUACUGAGACAAACAUCACAGCACCAGAUGGAGACGGACCAGUAACUCACACAGUCUCUUCUCUCCAUUCUGCAACUGAAUACUCAUUCACUGUCUACUCUGUGUUCGAGAACAUCAGAAGCAGUGGAGUCAGCAUCACUGCAGUCACUGCUCCUCCAAAUGCAUUCAAUGUAAUAUCACUUGGACAAAAUGAGAGCAGUGUCACUCUGCAGUGGAACAAAAUGAACAACAACAUCAGCUUCAUCCUCCAGUUUAAUGGUACUGAGACAAACAUCACAGCACCAGAUGGAGACGGACCAGUAACUCACACAGUCUCUUCUCUCAAUGCUGCAACUGAAUACUCAUUCACUGUCUACUCUGUGUUUGAGAACGUCAGAAGCAGUGGAGUCAGCAUCACUGCAGUCACUGCUCCAGCUAAUGUAGCAGAUUUGAGGUCAACAGGACAAAAUGAGAGCAGUGUCACUCUGCAGUGGAACAAAGUGAACAACAUCAGCUUCAUCCUCCAGUUUAAUGGUACUGAGACAAACAUCACAGCACCAGAUGGAGACGGACCAGUAACUCACACAGCCUCUUCUCUCAAUUCUGCAACUGAAUACUCAUUCACUGUCUACUCUGUGUUUGAGAACAUCAGAAGCAGUGGAGUCAGCAUCACUGCAGUCACUGCUCCUCCAAAUGCAUUGAAUGUAAUAUCAGCUGGACAAAAUGAGAGCAGUGUCACUCUGCAGUGGAACAAAGUGAACAACAACAUCAGCUUCAUCCUCCGGUUUAAUGGUGCUGAGACAAACAUCAGAGCCCCAGAUGGAGACGCACCAGUAACUCACACAGUGUCAUCUCUCAAUUCUGCAACUGAAUACUCAUUCACUGUCUACUCAGUGUUUAAGAACAUCAGAAGCAGUGGAGUCAGCAUCACUGCAGUCACUGCUCCUCCAAGUAUAACCAGCCUUGAAGUAUCAAGAAAAAAUGAGAGCGGUGUCACUCUGCAGUGGAACAAAGUGAACAGCAACAUCACCUUCAUCCUCCAGUUUAAUGGUACUGAGACAAACAUCACAGCACCAGAUGGAGACGGACCAGUAACUCACACAAUCUCUUCUCUCACUCCUUCAAUGAAAUACACAUUCACUGUCUACUCUGUGUUUGAGAACGUCAGAAGCAGUGGAGUCAGCAUCACUGCAGUCACUGAAGGGCCUCAUUUUGUUGUUGGAUUGAAAGUCAGAUUGAGUUCAGACACUGAACUGUCUCAAGCAGAAAUUCAGGCUCUAAUGGAAGAGCUCGUUGAAAGAUAUGGAUCGGUGGCAUCACAGUUACUGUCUGUGAAGAUCAAGUCUGUUACUAACGACUAGGCGAAGAUGCAUGGAGGAUUUUAUACUUUUUUAUUCUUGAAAUUGAUUUUGAAUAGAAUUAUAUAUCAGGUGAAAUCACUGAAUAAAUGCAUAGCAUCGCUUUGUGCACUUUGCAAUUGCAAUAGUGGCAGGGAGGAUUUUUAAUUGUGAUAUUAACGCUUUUAUGUCAUUGUUGACUCAUUUUCAUUGUAUUGCUCAGGUCUGCCCUCUUGUCUUGUAUUCUAUAUUCUUCACACAAGUUAAAACAAACAGGACAAAUUCUUGGUUUUGUGAUUUUAUUUGCCAAUUUUACUUUGAUUGCGAUUUUGUCCUGUGGAUUUUCAUGCUUUUGCUUGGAGGUGUUGAAAUUUGAGACAAGCGAUUCUGGCACUCUAUAAUCAUAACAGUGACAUCUGCUGGUUGAUUCUGUGUACUGCAUGUAAGGGUGAGAUUUAACCAGGGGUAAUGACUUUGUGACCGUCGUUCGUCUCACUGGACUGCAACCUCAAAUGCAUGACUUUGGGCUGUGGGAGAAAACUGGAGUAUGAGGAGACCAUGUUUCAGCACCGCCUCUGGCUGUCAGUAGGGAUGAAAUCGAACGCGGCAUCUCUAAAUACACCAACAUCACCCACUUUGUUCACAGCGACAUCCACGAGGCGUCUAAAGGAAACAUCCGCUUCCUCUCCCACAACGACGUACACAACGCCAACAACCACUCCUCCCUCAACAGGGUGACUGACUCUGACUCUGCCGCUCAGGUUAUGAUAGCAAUACUUUUCUGCACAAUUAUUUCCGGGUCAUAAUUGCUGUUUUGUUCAUAACCAGAAUAAACCAGGAGAAAUUCCAACAAUUCUGAACAUUUUUAAAGUAAAAAAGCCAAUGUUGUAAAAAACAUUACAAAAAAAAUUCUUGUAUUUUCAAGAAUUGUAGUUUCAUGUAGCAAUAUUAGCAAUUCUUUAGAAAAUAUGUUUUUAUUGUUUUGUUGACAAAAUGUUCUGAAUAUAAUCACAAAUAGAAAGUAUCAGAUGAUUAAACAUUCUAACUACA